UAAGUAAGAGCACGCUGGUGUGAGAGACACAGUUGGUGACUGCCCACCAGCAGUGACUGUAUUUCCAGCAAAUAAAGGAACUUAAAGUAUCGCAGUCAGGGAGGACACAGGAAGUUUUUUUGGGGCUAUUUUGCAAGUUUGAGCUCUGAUUCUGCAAGUAAGGAGUUUUUUUUGUUGCAUUUUAUCAACUGACUUUGAAAUAGGAACACCAGAGGCUGAGGCAUUCAUUGAUAACAUGGAGGACGGGGAAUAUAAAGGUAAAGAGCCUCUUGUUGAAGAUACAAAGGUGAAGAUACUUUUUGAAACUGAAGCAUCAUCUGGGCCCGAUGAGAAAGCCGAUUACCCCAAUUUAGGGAGUAACUCGAUCUACUCUGCGAUUCUAAGCAGAAAUGAGGCUGUUAAGGAUGCCAGGCGUCUUAAGACUUUUUUGGAACUGCGAGACAAAUACGUGAAGAAGAAUGUGGUGUUUGAAGACCCUCUGUUUCCUGCAAAUGACUCCUCGCUCUUCUACAGUCACAAACCUUCCAUGAAGUUUGAGUGGAAGCGUCCCUCGGAAAUUUGUGAAAAUCCCCAAUUCAUCAUCGAUGGAGCCAACAGGACAGACAUCUGUCAAGGAGAAUUGGGUGACUGCUGGUUGCUGGCUGCCAUCGCCUGUCUGACAGUGAACGAGAAGCUGCUGUACAGAGUGGUUCCCUCGGAUCAGAGCUUCACUGAGAACUACGCCGGCAUCUUCCACUUCCAGUUCUGGCGUUAUGGGGAAUGGAUCGAUGUCAUUGUGGACGACCGCCUCCCCACCUUCAACAACCAGCUGGUUUUCACCAAAUCUUUCAGAAAGAACGAGUUCUGGAGCGCACUUUUCGAAAAAGCUUAUGCAAAGUUGCACGGGUCUUAUGAGGCACUGAAAGGGGGUAACACUUUGGAAGCCAUGGAGGAUUUCACAGGAGGAGUAACUGAGUUCUUCGAGUUGUCUGAGGCGCCGAAAGAUCUCUACAGCAUCAUGAGGAAGGCGCUGGAGAGAGGCUCGCUCAUGGGAUGCUCCAUAGAUGUUACUUCAGCCCAUGAAAUGGAGACUCGGACUAAUCAGGGGCUGGUUAGGGGUCAUGCUUACUCCAUCAUAGGCCUGGCAGAGUGUGACGAGGUCGCAAAGAACACCAAAGUUCGCCUGAUUCGCUUGCGUAAUCCCUGGGGUCGGGUGCUGUGGAAGGGACCAUGGAGUGCAAAUUCAAAGGAAUGGUCGACCGUGUCCAUCGCAGACAGGGAAAGCUUAAAAAAACAGACUGUAGAGGAGAGUGAGUUCUGGAUGUCUUUUAAUGAUUUCAUGAGGAACUUCACAAAAUUGGAGAUGUGUAACCUAACCCCUGACACACUGGAGUGCGAAGAAAGAAACAGCUGGACGGUAUCGGUGAAUGAGGGUCGCUGGGUGAGAGGCAGCUCUGCUGGCGGCUGCAGGAACUUCCCAGAAACAUUCUGGACCAACCCUCAGUACCGGCUACAGCUGUAUGAGGAGGAUGAUGACCCAGAGAACGGGGAGGUUGUCUGCACUGUAGUCGUGGCUCUGAUGCAGAAAGGUCGACGGAUGCAGCGUCAUCAAGGGGCCAGAUUCCUCACCAUCGGAUUUUCCAUCUACGAGGUGCCGAAGGAGAUGCGUGGACAGAAUCAACAUCUGCAGAAGGAUUUCUUCCUGUACACAGCCUCCAAAGCGAAAUGCAAGACCUACAUUAACCUGCGGGAGGUAACAGAGCGAUUCCGUCUGCCUCCGGGAGAGUACGUCAUCAUUCCCACGACCUUUGAACCCCAUCAGGAGGGGGAGUUCACUCUCAGGGUCUUCUCUGAGAAGCAGAACACGUCUGAGGAAGCAGAGGACACAAUCGGCUCCGACCAAAUGCAGCAAGACAAGAAAAAGAAAGAUAAGCCUAUUGUAUUUGUGUCAGACAGAGCACGAGCCAACAAAGAAAUCGAGCAUGAUGGCAUUCGGGGGGAAAAGAAGAAGAAACCAAAGAGAAAACUACUCGAACCUGAGGAGGAGACUGAGGAGGAAAAACAGUUCAGAGCCAUUUUCAAACAGAUUUCUGGUGACGACAUGCAGAUCUGUGCCAAUGAACUCAAGACGAUCAUGAAGAAUGUACUCUCCAAACAUAAUGAAAUAAAGUCAGAGGGUUUCAGCCUUGAGACGUGCCGGAGUAUGAUCGCCUUGAUGGAUACCGACGGAACAGGAAAGCUGAACCUACAGGAGUUCAAACACUUGUGGAAAAAGAUCAAGGCGUGGCAGGUGAUCUUCAAACAAUACGAUAAGAACAAAUCCUGCUCCAUCAGUAGCUUUGAGAUGAGGAACGCUGUUAAUGAUGCAGGAUUUCACCUCAACAACCAGUUAUAUAACAUCAUAGCGAUGCGCUACGCAGACGAAAACCUCAACAUCGACUUUGACAGUUACAUCUGCUGUUUUGUGAGGCUAGAGGGCAUGUUCAGAGCUUUCAAUGCGUUUGACAAAGACGGAGAUGGAAUAAUCAAGCUCAAUGUCCUGGAGUGGCUUCAGCUGACCAUGUACUCUUAAGUCGCCUUCUUGAUCAUGGAUGUAGCUGCGGACAGUUGGUGUUCACAUUCAUGACUCAACUCCUGGAUAAUAUUUUUGCACAGAUUUUGUUGACUCCGGCGUAAUCUUGAAAGUCUUGAAGUCAAAUUCAGAGAUUUGAUUAUUUCUCCAGUUUUAUGUGAUAUUUAGAUUUCUGUCAUCACUCAAGCUUCGAUGGUUUAGAUUUAAUAUCAGCUUUGUUUUAGCUUAUUUUUAAGUGACUGACAUCUCAUCAGUAAUAAAGCUGAUUCCUGAAGCACCAACAGUUUUGUAGAGUGAUGGACAGUGAAGCAAGAUGGUGUACUGACAUGAAGAGAUGUUCUUAGAAAUGUAGAGUUGCCAAAGUUCCUGUGUUGUAAACGAUAUGUGGUAACUGACGCAACACUCACGCUGUUAAAAAAAAUAAAUGUUUGAAUAUGAAAA